AUGCGAAGGUAUUUGCUUACGUAUUUUGUACUGCUGACCAGUUCGCAGCAGAUAUUCCGUGAAAUAGAAUCGUCCGAGGGUGUCGAAGAUAGGGAAAAACGGUAUUUGGUCUACCCGAAGCCAGGGGUUGGUAACGCCCCGACAAAAGUGCAGCUAAUUCUCGGGCUUGGACUUCCCAUGGAGGGUGGGCUGAUAGUCGGAUACGUUGUGAAGAACAAUUACAACCUGCCUUACAACGCCACGUCGUACUUGGACCCCCACGUGCGCUACGAGAGAUCGAUUUACGGCGAGGAUUCGCUCGAACCCGAUGCCGAGGCUAAUCGAAAAGGAAGUACGACACGUUGGGAAACUUACAGGAUGCUGGAGUCGGCUUUUAAUAUUUUCGGGAGUGGAAAGUCCUGUUUGUUAAGAGCGAUUUGCGAGGCGGCCGAGGGAGAGCCGUUCGGCGAGAACCACGGACUUUUUGGUGAACUUCUCCAUCUUUUUCUCACACCAUCCUCGACUGCAGAAGAGUUCUUGGAGAGCACCGAUCAAGAAUAUCUUGCGGCCGAGUCACUCGGACGAAGAUCUUUGGAAAAAUGCCGGAUGUUUUUUCCGGAAUGCGAGAUCAGUCCUCUUGAAUAUUUCACCGAGUCGGACGAUUAAUCCCUAGAGGUUAUGACCCGCGAUGUAAAAAUGAUUUACCAUGAUUAAUUUCCUCACCUUAUAUUCAGUAUCGAGAUGCGAUCACGGCGUUGAACCG